GGGGGAUCGUACCGACUUGGGGCGGAGGGUGGUUGAAGGAGUACUACAUACCCCGUACAUAGCAAUAGCAGCAGCAGCAGCAGCAGCAGCAGCAGCACACAAACGAGACAAACAUCCCGCUCGUCCCUUUAAAGGUCCUAGCCGACAAAACGCGCACACACUCCCUACCUACCAGUGCAGUGCAAUGCUACGGAGCGUGGGAGCACCCCCACGGCCGGCCCUCAGACGUGCACCGCGAAUAUCCGUAUCCGAAUCCGUAUGCAUCUAUGACGAGAGGCACGCCGCAGCGCGCACAGCCCGCGCGCGCCGGCGAUCAUCAUGUCGCUUUUUGGCUUGGCGACGACGACCGCAAGCGCUGACCACGUCAGGGCUCCGGUUCCUAUGCCUGGCCCCUGCGCGGCUGCAUGACGCCAGCCUCGGCGUUGGCGACGCUGCCACUGCGCUGCGGUCGCGAACUUGCUCCCCGCCCUGCAUUCUUCUCGAGACGCGCGCUGGAGAGCUUGUGGCGCCGGCCAGGGUCCAGAGGAUGCGCGCCGUUUUACGGAGUAACGGUCUGUCGGGCUCGCUACGCUUGCUGGCUCGCUGCGCGAGACGCCAGGGCAAAAGGGCGAGACGCGAGGGACGCGAGGGCGAGACGCUGCUCGUGCACGGACUCCUGCUUGCCGGGGCGGAACGACUUUUUACUCGACUCGCGAGGGUGGGACGCUCGGCACGUGAGGCUGGGGAGGAGCGUAGAGGAGGGAGGGUGCCUCGGACACAAGGAGUGGAAGGGUCGGAGGGGAGUCGGAGUGCCGGUGAUGACGGUGAUGAUGAUGAUGAUGAGGAUGAGGAGGUGGGUGGGAGCACGCGAGAUGUCGGUCACCGGCAACCGAGAUUCACCUUCUGGCGAGAUGGGGGAGGAUGCGAGCAGUCAUUACGGAACACUUCUUGCCUGGCUUUAAGCCUGGGCCCUGGAUAGGAGCGAAGGGGUUUUAGGGCGCAUACUACAUACAUGCUGUU